GGGGGAUGCGGCGUGCCGGGACCUUGAAGUGGGGGGGCUGAGGUCACGCUCCCCCUUAGCUCCCAGUAACGAGGCCAGUGCAGACCCCCACGGGGUUUUCGGCAGCUCGGGGCCCCCAACCCCUUCCCUGGGGCAGGGGAUGCUGUCCCUGCUGGGGGGUCCCCAUGCCCAGGGUGGCUCAGCCCCAAAAUCCUGAGCAGGACCACAAGCCCACGGCAUAUCCCGAGCAGCCCCUGGGGGUUUCUGUGCCUGUCACACCCCCCCACCGUGUCCCUUUGCCCUCCUCCCGCCACAGCACCGUGGGGCAAAGGACGGGCAUGCAGGCAGCUGCCCGCCUCUGCCCAGGUUUUGUCGUGCCGCGGCUCCUGGGCGGCUGGCACCGCCGCCGGUGCUGGCAGCCCAUGGCGUCCUACCGCAUCCGACAGUACCGGGACCAGGACUACGACGCCGUGCGGACCCUCUUCGCCCGCGGCAUCUUGGAGCACGCGCCGGCCGGCUACCGCCACUUCCUGCGCUCGGCGUGGGCGCAAUUGGGGCUGCUGGUCUUCUUCGUGGCGGUGCGGGCAGCUGCCGGCUGCUGGGUGCUGGGGCUGGGGGCCGUGGCGCUGGUGCUGGCGGCCACCUGGCUCCUGGUCCGCUCCUUCAGCACCUCUUACGUGCGCCAGGCGCUGAGCACCGACCUCUGCGACAUCACCGCCAGCUACCUGCGGGCACCCGACUCCUGCUUCUGGGUGGCGGAGGCCGGGGGGUCCGUGGUGGGCAUGGUGGCCGUGGCACCGCCGCAGGAUCCGGCCGAGAGAGGGGUGGCCCUGGAGCUGAAGCGAAUGUCGGUCAGCAAGGACUACCGGGGUCGGGGCUCUCCAAAGCGCUGGGGGGCUGUCUCCAAAGCGCUCUGCGGCGAGGUGCUGCGCUUUGCCCGGGCACUGGGGUACGGGGCGGUGGUCCUCUCCACCUCCAUGGUGCAGGUGGCGGCCCAGCGGCUCUAUGAGGGCCAGGGCUUCAAGAAGGUGGGCGCCUUCAGCCCCUCGCUGCUCGGCAGCCUGCUCUGCUUCCAGAUCUUCCACUACCGCUGCGACCUGCCCGGCCGCACCGCAGCCCCGCCACGCUAGGCACUGCCGCGGCACCCGACCCCAGCAUGUGAGCCACCGCCACGGCACACCCGACCCCAGCCCCGGCACGUGAGGUACUGCCGCGGCACUCCCGACAGUGGUCCUGGCACACUAGCACCACUGGAGCAUCCCCACCCCUGGCACGCAAGGCACCACUGCAGCAUCCCCGGCCCCGGCAUGCGAGGUACCGCUGCGGCACACCUGACCCCGGCACGCUAGGCACGGCUGCGGCACCUGCAUGGGGUGGGCAAUGGGGCACGGAGGCUGCGCCUGCCAGGCUGCCAGAGCCUUUCCUAGUUUUCUAGCAGUGAGAAAUAAAGAGAGACCUGUGGGAAA